GCAUUGUUAUUGUUUAGUUGAGAGCACACAAUGGGAAUGUUUAACAAUUUGGCAGAAUUGAUCAAGGUCAAGAAGGAUAAAAUGACAAUAUUAGUGUUAGGUUUAAAUAACAGUGGUAAAUCGACGAUAAUAAACCAUUUUAAGAAAUCAAGUGAACAGUCAAACAUAACGGUGCCAACAGUUGGAUUUCUGAUAGAGCAAUUCUACAGUGAGUUAAAAAAAAAAAUAUACAUCGUAUUAAAAAUAAAUAUAUAUUUUAAAUAAGGCACGGGUGUGAGCAUUAAGGCUAUGGAUAUGUCUGGUGCCACCCGGUACAGAAAUCUGUGGGAGCAUCAGUUUAAAAACUGUCAAGGAAUAAUCUAUGUUAUCGACUCAAGUGACAGAAUGCGAUUUGUUGUUGUUAAAGAUGAGUUGGAUCUUGUGCUACAUCAUCCUGAUAUUUGUAAUCGCUUGGUGCCCAUACUUUUCUAUGGCAACAAAUCAGAUCUUGAGGAUUCGCUUUCAAAUGUGAAAAUUGCAGCAGCGUUAGGUCUGGAUAACAUCAAGGAGAAGCCUUGGCAUAUAUGUUCCAGCAACGCAAUCUCCGGAGAAGGCUUGGAUGAGGGUGUUCAGUGGCUUGUGCAACAAAUCAGAUUCGCCGUACUGAGCAAUCGAAAGGGAGGCUUUAAAUCGAAGCAUGGCUCUAAGAAUAUUAAAUAAAUAAAAUCUAUAAUUCUACAAAUGAUUAAGACACACA